CUUCCACCACUUCCUGCCGUUGUUGGGGAGUAGGUUUUCUGCUCCAAGCAGAGCUAUUAAAAACAGGGGAAGGAGAAGCAAAUCUACAGAGAACCAAUGGGGGGGUUCUCAAGGCUUCCGCUUUUCCUUCUUCCUUUUUUGGUUUUCUCUAUGUUGCAGAGACCCACGUUAGCUGUUAAAAAGUCUUAUGUGGUAUACUUGGGAUCACAUUCACAUGGUCCGGAAAUCACACAAACUGAUAUGGAUCUAGCGGAACAGUCUCAUUACGAGUUUCUAGCAGAUUACGUUGGAAGCCCUGAGGCAGCCAAAGAAUCGAUUAUUUACUGCUACACAAAACAUAUCAAUGGUUUUGCUGCGAUCCUUGAAGAAGAGAAAGCAGCUGAGAUCGCAAAACAUCCCAAGGUCAUAUCAGUCUUCCCAAACAGAGGAGUGCAAUUACAUACAACUCAUUCGUGGGAAUUUCUUGGACUGGAGAAAAAUGAUGUAGUUCAACCUGGUUCGAUCUGGGAGAAGGCCAAAUUUGGGGAAGAUAUUAUUAUUGGGAACCUUGACAGUGGUGUCUGGCCGGAGUCAAAGAGUUUUAACGACGAUGGGUAUGGACCCAUUCCAUUAAAGUGGAAAGGAGGCUGUACAGACACCAGAGCGGACGGUGUCCGUUGCAACAAGAAGCUGAUUGGUGCCAAGGCCUUUAGCAAAGGGUAUCAAGUGCUCGCUGGCAAAUCCUAUAAAACGGCACGUGACGAUGAGUCCGGUCAUGGGACCCACACAUUAUCAACGGCGGCUGGAAACCUCGUCCAAAACGCCAAUUAUUUCGGAUUCGGCGAUGGCACGGCCAAAGGAGGAUCGCCAAGGGCACGCGUAGCCGCCUAUAAGGUGUGCGGGAAGCCCGUUGGAGGUAACGAGUGCACCGAUGCAGACAUAAUCGCCGGUUUUGAUGCCGCCAUCCAUGACGGCGUUGAUGUUCUCUCCGUGUCCCUGGGAGACCCCCCCACUGAGUACUUUACUGACAGCAUUGCCAUCGGCUCUUUCCACGCCGUCAGGAACGGUAUCCUUGUGGUAGCCUCGGCUGGAAACAACGGUUCGGCUGGAGCCGCCACUGUCUCCAACGUGGCCCCCUGGUUGCUAACGGUGGCCGCCAGUACCAUGGACCGCCAACUGUUCUCGGCUUACGUGAAGCUUGGCAACAAUAAGCAAUUAGAAGGGCAGAGUGUCACUAAGAUUUCCAUGCCCACGAAUGACAAGAUGUACCCUCUGGUGACCGGUCUUGAGGCAAAAGUGAAGGACGCUUCGUUUGAGGAUGGCCUGACUUGCAAUGUUGGGUCGCUGGACCCGAAACGGGUAAAAGGGAAGAUAGUGGUGUGCAUCAGAGGUGAGAUCUCGACUGUGGACAAGGGAAGACAAGCACUCGCAGCAGGGGCUAUGGGGAUAAUAUUGAUUGACAGGGACGAUGUGUACCCUGAAGCUAACGUGCUCCCUUCGUCGCAUUUGACAAACACGGACGGUCAUGCGUUGUUGAAAUACAUGAAAUCGACAAAAGCACCCAUGGCUUACAUCUUACCGAGCACGACGGAGCUGGGGAUAAAGCCAGCACCUAUGAUGGCCCCAUUCUCCUCCCAAGGACCUAACAGUAUAACUCCCGAGCUUCUCAAGCCAGACAUCACUGCACCAGGUGUGAAUGUCAUUGCUGCCUUCACCGAAGCAGUUGGAACCAAACAGAUUCCUUUCGCCGCAAUGUCGGGGACGUCCAUGUCCUGCCCUCACGUGGCGGGUGUUAGUGGCCUCCUCAAGAAACUCUACCCCAAUUGGAGCCCCGCCGCCAUCAGAUCCGCCAUCAUUACCACCGCAAUUACAAGGGAUAAUGCGAGGGAGCCGAUGCUGAAUGGAACAAAUGUGAAAGCAAGCCCAUUCUACUAUGGAGGUGGACACAUUCAACCGAACCGUGCCAUGGAUCCUGGUUUGGUAUAUGAUUUAACUCCCAUCGAUUACUUGAACUUCCUAUGUACCCUUGGGUACAACCAAACUUUAAUCAGAGUCUUCUCCGAAUCGAAGCUGCCUUACACAUGCCCCAAGCCCGCCAUCAGUCUCCUUGACUUCAACUAUCCUUCCUUCACAAUACCAAACCUCUCUGGCUUCGCCACUUUGACAAGGAAAGUGAAGAAUGUUGGGUCUUCCCCAGCUACAUACAAGGCCAUUAUUCGCCCUCCCUUUGGAAUUUCUGUUUCGGUGGAGCCACAGAUCCUGACAUUCGAUUCGGUUGGACAAGAGAAGACUUUUAAACUAACCCUCAAGACUAAUCGACCUGGUUUUGCUAAAAACUACGUAUUUGGCGAGCUUAAAUGGACUGAUGGUCGUCACCUAGUCAAGAGUCAGAUUGUGGUUAAGGCAGCUACAACAUAG